AUGACUUCUGGAAUACUUUACUUCAUCAUUGUCGAGAUAGUUGGUUUGGGUUUUCCUAUUUUGAUUAUCAGUGGAUGUCUUGUCUUCAAUGUGGGAAACACAGCUAUUUCCAAUUAUGCUUUCAUGUCCCUUAGUUUCUAUCAUAUACUCGCUUCAUACUAUGUUCUCAUGUCCAACACGGAUUAUAGGAACCGAGUCAAAGGCAUACUCAAAAAAGUACAGGAACUAGGAACUGGUCACCUAAGCAUUUGA